CACCCUCCCCUACUCGGGCAUUAUCCGCUCACGGUUUUAGUUAUAUAAAUAUACACAUUACGUGACCCAGAGCGGCAAAACCAGCUGAUCCUACUUUCGAUUUCGUUGUUGUCUGCAAACUGCGCAGUACGGGAAAACGGGUUACGGUUCCCAGAAAUGUAUUUAAAGUUUGCUGAUACUUUUCACAGUUGAUAAUGCACUCUUUUUUUUCUGUAUGCUGUAGUUGAACUAGCCUUGUCUGUCUACCAUGUUCGGAUGUGCAUAUAAUACAUAACGCUGACAACGAGUGUAUAUUUUUGACCAGGAAGAGUUGUGAACGUGACAUAGAUCCUGACGUAACGUGAUCGAAAAGACACUAAGUCGACCUGUCAAAAAGAGGACUACAUUCAGGACAACAUGGAUGUCGACAGAGAAAUACUAGUAUCGGAUCCUCGAUUGGAGAUGUCUACAUCACAGCCUAUGACAGACAUGAUGGAACCCAUUAUGGCUCUCACUGAUGAUGCUGUAGAAAAGAUCAGAUGUGAAAAAUUUAAUCGGACAGCAAGGGAUGAAUUUGGAAAAAGUGUGACAUAUUACCUUACCUGUUGUGAUAACUUGUCUGAUGAACUGGAACCACACUUCAUAAUAUACCUUCAAAAAGUUAUUUAUAACUUGCUUAAGGAGAGGAAAGAAUUUGCAUACCCAGCACUUCUUUUGUUGUACAAAGCAAUGUCCGUUAUGAAGAUGGCAACUUAUUUUUCACCGAACGAUGGCAAGAUGAUCCCAAAAAUUAAUGUUGCAUGCCAGCACUUAUCUCGUGUACUGCUGUUUAUGGUUUACACAAUGUGGACAGAUAUGGCCAGUAGAAAGCAGUUGAUAAAAAACUUGCAAGUAUUAGCAAAGCAGAAUGUGAAAGAGAACCCAGGAUUUUGUUACAUCUUGACAAUGGAUCUGUGUGAAGCACAUCACAUGUUUUCGCUUGAACCAGAGAAAAGCUCCACUUUACUUGGAGAACUGUGUCUGUUGCAGGCAAGAAGUGCGCUAAAUGGAGAAUCAUGGGAUCUUGCAAUGAAGCACUGUAAGUUUGCUGCAGAAACCAUUUAUGAAUACGAAAACAGGGAAGCAUUUUUGAUUUGGGCUGAAGCUCUGGAAUUAAAAGGAAAUGUUUCUGCAGCCAUUGAAAAAGCACAGCUUGCUCUGAAGCUGUCUAAAAAUAAGGAUGAAAGACAGACAGUAGUGACGUAUCUGCAUAAGCUUCAAGACGGAAUGGUUGAACAGAUUUCUUCAUCAGAUUCGGACAAGCUGAAUGAGUCUUGGCUGGAAGGAACAAAUGCUAAGAUGGAUGAGGAAAAAGCAAAAUCUGUUCGGAACAAUCAUGUCCCCAAAAAGAAGCGUUCAAGACCUAAACGAAAACGCACAGAUUCCAGCUGCAGCAGUUCAUCUGUUAGUCAGCCUAUGAUUGUAGACAGUUUGACACAGAUUGGUGACAUGAGCACAUGGACAUCAAAGCGGAGCAGACAGAUUUCUAAUUCCAGUAAUUCAUCAGGAUUCUCUACAACGAUCACAUUACCUCCACAAACACAAAGACCGGGACCUCAUUUUGAUGAUGAGAACAUUGACAGAUUUCUGCGUGAUCAUAACUGGGAUUCGUCUUCUGAUGAAGAUGAGGUGAGAACGGUCAGUGAACCAGUGAACUAUGCAGAUCUCGAGGGCUCGGAAUCCGAUGAUGAGAUGGACAUUGAUGUUGGAUGUGAACAUUUAGACCAAACAUGGUUUGAAAAAGGAAUGAGUUUAGAUGAAAAAGAUGUGGCUAGAUUUUUAUACUGUUAUGAUGUAAGCAUCAAGAGAAAUGCAUUUUACAGAGAUUUCUUCCCACAAGAAGAUCUUCAGGAAGUUUUAAAAAGUAAGCCGCAUGGUUAUAAAAGAUGCAGAAUAGAAAUGGAGUCUGCACAGAAAGCCAUUUGCAAAGUUCUAGGUGCAGCUGGUGUUCAAAAUGAUAUUGAAAUUGCUGGAAGAUCAAGAUGUGGCCAAUGUUUCAACAAUGAUGAGGUUGUAGUAGAAAUUCUCUUUGAUCCAAAAGAAAAUUCCAGUCACAAUCGAUUACCCUCAGAGGCAGAUUCUAAACCAUUUGGGGAAGUUAGAGGAGUUUUAAAAAGUCAUUUUCACAGGAGCAGCAAAUAUCCGAUUCUUGCUUGUACGAGUAAUGAAACUGAUGGGUGGCUAAUGCGACCUCUUUGUAAAAGCAUUCCAAAGAUACAUGUUGUCAACAACAAGACCAAAAAGGAAUCGCCACAUUUGACUAAAAACAGAAUAGACAUAUAUGAACUGGUUGGAUCAAAGUUGAAUUAUAAGGGGAAAUUUGACAUGAAUCCUGUGUUAAGAGGACAAUAUGUGUUUAUUGUUGUUUACUUGGGCUGGGGAAAGAAGCAUGUUUACCCUCUUGGAGCAGUGCUGGGAGUCCAACAGUGUGGCAAAGAUUUCAAUAGCAGUCUGAAGAUUUUAGAAAUGCAGUACAAAGUUCCAUCCUUGUUCCCUGAAAAUACUCUUGUGGACCAAACUUACAUAUUUGAUGCAUCUGGAAGAGAAGACCGAACUGAUGAUCUUGUGGUGUUCACCAUUGACCCUCCACAUUCCAAAGACCUUGAUGAUGCAUUGAGUAUCUAUAAAAAAGACAAUAAUUACGUUGUUGGUGUACACAUCGCUGAUGUUGCUUCAGUUGUGAAGAAGGAUGAUGCUGUUGACAAAGAGGCAAGAGAAAGAGCUGUCAGCUUUUACAUUCAAAACAGACGUACUCAUCACAUGCUGCCAGAUCGACUCAGUCAAGACAUAUGCAGUCUUGUACCAGACAAAAAACGUCCUGCAUUGUCAAUAUUUUUAAUGUUUAAUCCAGAUGGAAAACUAGUCAAAGAACCUAUUGUGAAAAAAACAUUUAUAAAAUCUUGCAGAAAGUUAUGUUAUGAAGAAGUACAAAAAAUCAUUGAAAAUGAAGGGGACAGCACUGUACCUUCACAACUUAAAAGCAGCAUACUUGACUUACAUAACCUUGCCCAAAAGAUUCGUGAAAAACGACUGAAGGAUGCCAGGUUUAGUGUGCCAUUUGAAGAUGUUCGUUUUUGUGAUAUGGAAGAGGAAGGCAACUGUGAUGAAGCUCAUGCACUUGUUGAGGAAUUUAUGAUUCAAACAAAUGCAGCAGUAGCCAAAUUUGUGAAGAAACGAUUUCCUACAUGUUUACCCCUCCGUUGCCAAACAUCUCCAGCAACCGAAGAAGUACAGAAUUGGUUGAAGGAAGAAAACAGAAUUGUUGACUUACUAGUUCAUCUCCAAGGUAAAGAAGUCCUUCCUAAAAUGGUGAUUUCAGCUUUGGAAGGUAUACGUAAAUGUGUCAACGAAAAAACUAAUUUUAUUCCAAUUCAGAGUGACAUUUGGAAGAGGAUUUUGGAUGAUCUGAAAAGCAGAGACAUCAACCAGGCAGGUAAGAUGAUUUGUACAGACGAGAUCCACCCUCUACAGAAUGUGGCAUGGAUUCACUGGAUAAAGCUUCUUGAUACAGCAGAAUACAGAUGUUCUGGUGUGAUUAGUGACACUAAGGCAAAUCACUUCUCACUUGACAUUCAGCCAUACAUUCACUUUACUUCUCCUAUCAGAAGGUAUGUGGACCUUGUUUCUCAUCGCCUAGUGCAUGCCAUAUUGUCUGGUGAUGCUUGUCCAUACACAGCUGAUGACAUAUGUCAAAUAUGUGAUGAUGUCAAUGAAGCCACAUCACGGCAGAAGGCAUUUGAUCGCAAUUGUAAAGUGUUGGCAAAGACUGAGAAGAUAGGUAAGAGUUCAAUGGUUUUCCAUGCCAUUGUUGAUGAUGUAACAGAAAAUGGAUUGGAAUUGUUAUUGCCAGGACUGCGCACUGUUCCAUCCAAAUGCAGAGAGAUUAGAUUUUGUUUGCUUAAUUUAAACAAGAAGCCUGAAAAAAAACCAGACCCCAAAACUAACAAAGAUCUUGUCAUUUGUCAGUGGAAAAAACGUCUGUAUGAUACCAAAGGAAAUAAAAGUCAGGUUACAUUAAAUCACCCGCCUGAAUUGAUGAUCGUGGAACCUAAUCAGCAUACAGUUUUGGUUCGUUACAGAGACUGGGCCGAUGUAUUGAAAGGAAUAUUUGAUAAAAACUUACCAGUUGUUCAGAGAAUCACAAAGCGUUUAGAUCCAGCAGGAGACAGUGAACUAGUUCCUUCUUUUAAAGGAGUUGAUGCUGUGACGUCUGAAACUGAACAAGGAACUAUCAAGAGCCAUCAGUGCAGAUUUAGUCUGAGUUUUAAACCAGGCCAAGUUGUCAAAGUUCAGCUGGGUGCAUCACCUAACAAUGGCCUUUUAUUGCCCCAGGUUGAACUAGUUCACAUUACAAAAAAUCUGAGUCUAUGCCAUCGACACCUGGAUGAUCCUGUGGGUAUUUUAAGCAAAUACGCCACACAUUCUGUGAAACAGGAUUUCUCUUCCAUUGAACAUUACAAAAAGGCUUGGUUACCAGUGCUUGAAAUGGAGGCAGCAUUAUCAGCUGCUUCCAAUGAAAUGACCCCCAUCAUUAACAAUGUUAACCUAACGCUGAGCAAAACAUCCAUAUCUGACAAAACUGUCUACACAGGAACAUUAAUCAAAGACAUGACAUCGAGGGGAACGUUAUGCUCCAAACUGCGUGCAACAAGUCGACCUUUUAGUGGUGGCAGUGUCAUGGUGUGGGCAGGAAUCCAUCAUGGUGGUAGGACGGCUCUUCUGCGUGUGGCAGUUGCACGUACGGGCAUCAAAUAUAGAGACGACAUCCUGCAGCAUCACGUCAUUCCGCACAUGAAUUUCAACGGUGGAAUGUUUCAGCAUGACAAUGCCAGACCACAUGUUGCACGUGUCAGUCAGGAGUUUCUGCAGCGCCACAACAUCCAGACAUCACCUUGGCUCGCCCGUUCGCCGGAUUUAAACCCAAUAGAACAUCUAUGGGAUGCACUGGAUCAGCUGUCAUCAGGGCUUGUGUUGUUUGCCAUGCAGUUCCGUGCCCCAUACUUCCGAGUUAUAGAGUAG